CUGGGGCUUAAAAAUGUUUGCUUGUAAACAUUUAACAGCCUUCACUUUUGAACUUUUCUUAAAGUGGAUAGCUAGAGCUGUAAAGCUGAUACUGAAAAACUUUCAUGCACUUGUAGACUAAGUUGUUGUAGACUUGUAGACACAUCUUUCACGAGAAGAACAAAAUUUCAUUGGAUAAUGAUCAAAUCUACUUUUGUAACAUCUUGAAGAGCCUAGAGAUCUAAAAUUUUAUCUCAGGCUAAGUUCAAAACUCUGUUAUUUGUUACCUAAGAAAAUAGAAUUUAGUCUGUGAAUUCAAUGGUAUAUCAAGAACCAAAACCAGUAUGCAAAAUGAUUAUCAGUAUUUUGUUCAGAUAAGAAAUGUCAUGUUGUUAAACAGUUUUCAGCAAAACAAUUGAGACAAUCUGUUAAGCCUGAGCUGCUCUAAACUGCACAAUGGGAUGAGGCUUUAUGUUCCCACGGUUAUCUUUUCUACUAGCUACAAUGUACAAAUGAAUUUUACACAAUUCACGUACUCAGUACCUCUGCAUUGUGACACAUUAUACUACUUAUACAGUUGGAUUUUAUUUUUUACCAUCCCAAGAAAAAUGGCUCGUCGUUUAAGGGUAAGGACUGCAAAUGCCUUGGAUGAGAAUCCCUAACAUGAGUAAACUUCCACCAAGAGUGAAGGGGAGUCGCCAGCUAUUUGCAAUUCUAGGCUUAGGAAUCAGGAGGUGUGCCCCAUCGAAGGGAAGGACCAAACCUCCUGAUUCGAUGAGCAUAUCUUCCGAUUCCUAAUAACUACCUUAGGAUGCUAGGAAGAAACAAACAAAAAUACAAAAAAGAUUCGAAGAUGUUUUUUGACCGAACAUGAACACGCGCUAGCAUGUUGGGUAAUGCAUGUCUUAAGCAGAAGUCUAGGUUACAGUAAUUUGUUAGAGAGGCGAGCAAGACAAAAUCUUUGAAUGAGUGAGGUUAAAAAAGAGCAUGCGCAUAAAGCUUGAUCAUUAUUACGCAUGCUCUUUGACUUCACUACGGAGAUUGCCUCGCACAUUCCGCUCGUUUGUCACCCAAACAACGAUAAUUUGGCGCAUCAGUUUAGCGUAGCGCAUUGCAUAAUGUAAUUGACUAUUAUUGAUAACACGUAUCUUCAUCUAUCUUCGUCACUUUUACAGCAAAAUUGAUUUCAGACCCGCUUAUCUGGUUUCAUCGCUGAAAAGCCCCUUAUGACAUUCUAAAAACUGAUGUUUGCAAUCAUCAUCAAGAAAAUGCUGUAAACGUUGCUUGUGAAUUGCACAAUUUAUUGAAUUGAAAUGAUUGUUGCUAAUUCAGUUUUUUUGUAUGGUACUGACCCGUACCAAUCGCCGAAAGCUAAAUUAUUUAUGCUUUUAUUCAUGUCUUGGGUUUACAAAAAAAUAGCAGAGAGAUCCGUGAAUGCACUCGGCCGAAGUUUAGAUACGAUAACAGGUCUUACAUGAAAGCAAGAGCUGCAAACAACAUAUAACUUGCUACAAAAGCUACACGAGAGCACAGACUAGAAGAAGGCCUGCAUUCGCUAUUAAAUAUUAUCUGUAACUAGGCAUUUUCAAAUUGCAGUCGCUGGGGUCUAUGAGGCCAUGAAGAUCCAGAAAAAGAUCGGUAUUCUUGCCUGUGAAGAUGCACCAGGGUGGGGAGGGGAACAGGGAAUCAGCAAUUACAUCACGAAACAGUUUGGAAGAAUUGAAGAUGGCGUUGCUACCGAAUUCGUGCAUUUUCAUGCAGUCACUGGCCAGCUACCUCAAGAAGAUGAGAUCAAAAGCUUCGAUGGAUUCGUUAUCUCUGGAUCGCAUUAUUCUGUAAACGAUAGACACAAUUGGAUCGACAACCUUAUUAAUUUUGUAAGGUCGUUGUAUGACCUUCCUAAUAGGCCCAAAUUGUUUGGUAUAUGUUUUGGACACCAACUAAUUGCCAAAGCUCUUGGUGGCAAGGUGGAAAACAAUUCAUCAAAAAGGUUUGUCUGGGGUACGGAAAAAAUUGAGUUGGCAGCACCACUUCGAGUAAAUUCCUUGUUAAGCAGAGCGUUCGGAGAGAGACGCGGGCAUUUCAAAAUUGCUCAGUCACACGGCGAAUGGGUGUCGGUUCUUCCGAAGGAAGCAGUGUGCAUCGGAAGAUCAUCUUCUUGUGAACAUGAAGUUUUGAUGUAUGGUGAAACAAUAAUGAGCACACAAGGACAUCCAGAGCUUGUUAAAGAAGCUUUGGUGGGUAACAUCUUGCCAAGGCUGCUUGACAAAGGGAUUUUGAAUGCAGAAGAAGAAAGAGUGGCAUUGCAGUCGCUUAGUGAUGAAGAUCAGUACAAACUCAUUCAGUUUGUAAAGAUGUUUUUGGUAGCCAAUUGACAUUGUUAUGUGCUUUCUAGAUCUCGACAGAUAUGAUAAGAAUAAGGAAUUUAUUCUACAAGUAAAACCUUAGAGAUGUUUACCAAGUUUCUAGAAUUUAAGAAAUGUUAGAGUAAGAUUGUGAUUUAAAUAGUUAAAGAUUACAGCUUUAUUGCGAUGUGUUGAUUGACAAGAGCUGUAACUUCA